UAAUUUAAGAUAAAUGUCAAAUUGAAACAACACAUGGCUUACCAAGUGCGCGUAAAAAAUAUUUUAUUUUGGCUAAUAAAUACACAAGUAACUUGCGUCUGCAGAGUCUCAAUUGAUACGCUGUAUCGUGUGUAAAACUUAUACCUAAUACGGUGACGUGUACUACAAAAUGUGAUUUUUCUCACUAAGCUAUGUCUAAAGAAGGUUACAUUCCUGAAAAGAAAGAAGGUGAAAGUAAAGUGGUUCUUGAAAGAUUACAGUCCUAUUUGAAAGAAAAGAGAAGCAGUGAAUCAUCGGAUACCAGUGGCACUUAUAACAAGCCGGGCACCAGUUACGAACAUCACCCGCAAAUAGUGCCUCCCUACGAAGACAGUAGUACCAUAUUGAAAGAGGUUCUAAAUCACAAAAAAGCCGAACUUCUGCGGCAACCAGAAGUCGUAGAGUUACUAAAGACAAUAUCACAAAAUUUAAAGUGAAAUAAAGUAUUUAACCUAUAGCCAUGGCUGUCGCCGCGCAAAAGUCCAUCGCAUCUUUGAUGCAAAAAACUUUAGACCGUCAAGCAAACGUGGCGCGUAUGAAAUUUCGAUUCAAAGAGAACCAAGUGCAAAACAUACUGUUAACCUACAUAACUAACAACACAGGGCCUUAUAAUGACCUCAUAGAGAUAUUGAAGACUUAUCCUUUGUCUGAUGAGAACUUCAAACUCUUGAUUGAAGACUGCAUUUCCUGUGUGGUGUUGUUGGGUCGAGAACUGAAGCUGUUUGUGAGUGCGGUGUGUGCAGUGGAGUGGACGGACAAGUCUCCCGAGAACAUUGAGCUGUACAGCCGGUUCCUGAUAGACCUGGUGACUGCUCAUGCAUACCACUCUCCUCAUGUUAUGGACUCCCUAGUCAAACUAUUUAGAGCUGAUGGUGAAAAUUGGGAGAAUACUGCACCUGAAAAAACUGUGAAGCAGUGGUCAAAUAUUCAUAAUAUUAUAGCUCAAAUAGUGGCUGUUAUGCCUAUGACUAGUGAUAUCUUAAUGCAAACAAUUAUAAAGCAAUUCCCUUACUACAAAGCGGGAAUUUGUGCAAAUAGGACCUACAUUCAUAAUUUAAUAUGGAUUACAAAAUAUAUUCCAUCUUUAUUAGAACAAAUUAUUAUGGCUAUUAUAAAUAGAAUGGUAACGAUGGAUGUGAACUUAGCGGAGAGAGCAAAGAACAAGUCUCAAAGUGACACAGUAUUCUCCAUGGACGUAGAUGAGGAGGAUGUUGCCCUCAGUGACACCCUCGACUACUGUAUGCUGGAGGUGCUGCGGUGGCUGCAGGACGAGAAGGACCCGGCCUGGAGGACCAUGUGCAAUGUGUUUGAGAGGGUCAUCCUGCCUACAUAUGGAAUCAGACACGUCCAAUUCCUGCUGCUCUACACGAUAUCAAUAAGCCAACAAUGCGCGGACCGAGUGCUCAACAACCUGUGGGCAGUGAUGGCCGGCGGCAUGCACGGGCUGGGCCCCGCCGCUCUGGCCACUCGCCGCACCGCCGCCAGCCACCUCGCCGGCCUCCUGGCCAGAUGCGUCCGCAUGCCCAACACUAGACUCAUACACUUCCUCAGAAGCAUGGCAGAAUGGUGCCAUUCGUAUAUAACUGCGACGCAGGAAGGCACAGCGAAAUCGGAUAAUACGAAGGUUCACGGGGCGUUCUAUGCGGUGUGCCACGCGAUCUUCUAUCUGGUCGCGUUCAAACAUCAGCAGCUGUUUAUGAGUAAAGAAAGCAUAAACUUCGUGGAGUCCCUCAACCUGCCUCGCCUGGUGACCUGCAGCCUCAACCCGCUGCGCUCGUGCCCGUCCCAAGUGACACGGGCCUUCUCCUCCGUAACCCGGUCUCACCAGGUGGUCUACUGCCAGGCCAUCAUCGAGAAGAACGCGAGACAGACGCUGCAAGCUGACGCAGGGGAGCAGUUCGACAACUGGUUCCCGUAUGACCCGUAUACGCUGCCACGAUCCGGUAAAAUAAUCUGGCCCCUCUGCAUAGAGUACAAAGACUGGCUCAAGGACGGCGAUGACGAGACGCAAUACUCCAGUCGGAUGAGGAAGCUGGAGUCCGAAGAUGACGACUACCUGAUGGCCAGCCCCGGCGCCAAGCUCGCCAGCUCUCUGUCCAACUGCAUAUCUCCAGGUUUCAAGUCUAUGUGAACGGGCUACGGGUUUGGUCAAACAUUUGCCGUAAUGGUUUACGAAACCAUAACUGAAAUGAUGCACAAGGUUGUAAAGAGAACGUGAGAUGUGUGAUAACAUUUAUCGGUAACGCCACGCUCGUUAGCCUUUGGCUGAAAACAAGCAAUUUAGAAAAUUAAAUGUCAACUUUUGUGUACCGAAUCUAUACUCGGUGGUAAAGUACAUUGUUAAGUUCAUUUUAUUUGUAUUGAUUAUUUUUGUUACAUGAAUAGGAAAUAAAUACUUAACUAUGUAAGUGAAGUUCAAAACUAUAAUAUCAAAGUAGAUGAUAGAUAACUAUUAGUUAAUUUUUACAUAAAUAUUAUGUAAAGUGUCCUUUAGUCUGGUGUAACUAGCAGACAGUUUAUCCAGUUAUGCUAUAGCUUAUUUGAAUUAUUAGUUUUAAGUGUUGCCAAGAUGUUAAACUUGUUUAGGUCUGAAAUAUAAACCAGUGAUAUUUUUAACAACCCAGUGUAACUAAUAUUUUAUAAUGGCUUAGAAUUAACAUAUAUUUAUUUGCAA